GGCAAGGCAAACCUCGGUGACAGUUGAGUGUCCGUAGCUGGGGUCGGGCCCUGAGUUGUUAGGUGGUGGCUGUUGUUGUUGUUUUUUUUUUGUUGUUUUUUUUUUAAUUUGAUUUUAGUUUAGUUUUUUUUGUAUUUUUGAUUUUUUUUGUACUACGGUCAGAGAAUUAUGUCGGCCGCGGAUCCCCCGGCCUCGAGUGACGGCGGGCCCGGCAGCAGAGGCGGACUCCCCGGCGGGGAGAGCAGCGACGGGCGUGACGGGCCGGGGGGCCGCGGCGGGGAGGGUGAACGGGACCGGGCCACGUUCGAAUGCAACAUUUGUUUGGACACCGCGAGGGACGCAGUCAUCAGUAUGUGCGGUCACUUGUUCUGCUGGCCCUGUCUUCAUCAAUGGUUGGAGACGCGGCCUAGCAGGCAACAGUGUCCUGUGUGUAAAGCGGGCAUCAGCAGAGAGAAAGUCAUCCCACUCUAUGGCAGAGGAAGCUCCAGCCAGGAGGACCCCAGGCUGAAAACUCCACCACGACCUCAGGGACAGAGAACAGAGCCAGAGAGCAGAGGCGGGCCUUUCCAAGGCUUUGGCGACACUGGCUUUCAUAUGUCUUUCGGGAUUGGUGCUUUCCCUUUCGGCUUCUUUACCACAGUCUUCAACACCAACGACCCGUUUCACAGAGCAGAUCAGUAUGCAGGUGAUCACCAAGGCAACGGCAAUGGCAACAACAACUGGCAGGAUUCCCUCUUCCUGUUUGUGGCCAUCUUCUUCUUUUUCUGGUUGCUGAGCGUGUGACGAGGUGGAUGACUCGUAAGGAUCGAUAGAACGGAUUGAUUGAUGGGUUGGAUGGAGGGAGAAACGCACAAACUCACAUACACUUACACACAGAUCCACACACACUCACACCAAGAACACUGUCGUCUUUUCAUAGCGGGUACUACUUCGGGGGAACAAGGCAGUGUUUUUAAAACAAAAAGUGAAAAAACGAAGGGCUGUUGUUUGCCCCCCCCCAAAUAGACUGUUGGAUGCCCUGUAGGAUGCUUUGUACCCUGACCUGCGAACAACCCCCCACCCACCCCCACCACCUACCCCGCUUCCUUGUACUGUUUGUGUUGAGACCCAGUUGGCAAAGGACAUGGUCCAGUUCACCAGUUACACUGUGUUGAAGCCUGAAAGUUGAGGGUCUGAAAGCGAAGUUUCUCCGUUUCUGUACCUGUAGUUACACACACACACACACACACACACACACAUACACACGAAAUAGACAGUGGGGUUUAAGGGGCUUGCUGUUGGGGUUCAGUGAUAGACAUGCAGGAUUCUGUGUUGAGGGGUUAAGGUAGAUUCAGUGUUACGUGAUGAGGGUGAGUCGUCACAACAUUUGAAAGCUGAGAUCGAUGGCCUCCUCUUUUUCUUACUGAGGAGCAUUGUGAAGCACUGUAGAGCAGAACUACAGGCAUGUGAUAAUUAAGGACAGUGACUCGCUUUGAUUGUUUUGGAAAUCUCAUGGUCCCCCAUAUGAGAUGCCGGUUUUUAUCCGUUAUAUAGAUGAGUCAAACGGUGGAAUGUUGAGUGAAGGUGGAUUAGCGGGUGGGUCGGUAGGCGGGUUAGAGGAACAUCUAAUUCCAGGUGAGACAUGUUGUCAUUGCUAUAACAACUGCGUUUCUUUCUCUGAAAGGCCAAAGAGUAGCAGAUCAGUCAUUUAGGAUCUCGGGAAAGGGGGACGGGUAAUAAUAAUUGGAUUAUAAUCCUGUUUACAACUUUGUUUAAUGAAACAAGCAAAUCCUCCUAAAAUUCCAAACACACAAGGUUAUGACUUCAACAGUUGUUAAAGCAAAUGGAUAGAUGGAAACGGUAAAAGGCUGUUCCACUUUUUACAUAUAUUUGUCUUAAAAAAAAAUGCCAUCGCACUGUGAAGUCAUUUCUGGGCGGAUCUGUCAUAAUAUAGACUGGAAGGGUGUACCUUGGUUGAACCACUACUUGGUCCUUGUUGCUCUCCCCACGAUACUUUUGAUCUAACAAUACUAACGCUGUCCUAUGAGGGGUAACGAGCAAGAAUGGGGUACUGCAAGGCCAGAUUGGGAGCAUUUUUCAGUGGCUGUUUUAUGUGCUCUGUGCAGAUCACAAGUUGUCAGCAUAAGUAAAUGUCUAAUGUCUACACAUGACAAGAGUGCAGCAACAGUGUCUCGUCUGUAGGGAGUCCCACUAUCAGGCAGGCAUUAUUUUGGCUUAGCACAGUGGCAAGACAGGAUGCUUACACAUAAUACAAUAAUAAUAAGCUACACAUAAUAGCAGCAAGCAGAGUGGAUGCAGUGUUUGUGACAGUGGGGAGAAGUCUUAAUUCCAUAAUGGAAAACGAUGUAGUGGUCAACAAUUAGGUACCUAUGCCAGUGGAAUAUGAAAUAUUAUCGAACACGCUCAUUACAACUGAUAAUCUUUCCCUGAUAGGAUGUAUCUGUUUGUCGUGUCUGUCUGUCUGUGGGUGAGUGUGUGUUUAUGUGUCUGUUGGUGAUUGUGUGUGCGUGUGUGUUGUGUAGUUAUGUAUGUACAUAUAUUUGUAUAUAUGAAUAUUGUAAAUGUUUUUAUGUGUAUCUGAAUGGUUGAGCAGCCUUUGGGGGUGAGAGAGAACACACAACCAUGUGCAAAACAGCACGCGAUGUGAUUCUCAUGCGAGCAGCGAUCCAACAAGUUCCCCAGUGUGCUCGGUUGUCUUCAUGCCCUUCCUUAUGCUCAGAUAAAGGCUCAUGGCAGAAGUUUAUUGCUCUUCCUCUGGCAACGUCAGGCCAACACAGUUUUCUCCUAUACAGCAUGGUUAAAUAAACAUUUUGAGAACAAAGAACCUUGUUCUUCCCUGCCAAUGUGAUUCGAGAAACUACGGUAAGAAAUAUUUGUUUGGCCCAUUUGUCUUGCUUUAACCUAUGCAGAAUACAGACUUUGGUUUUUCUUGUGGUACGAUCCUUUUGAUGCAGUUGAGCCACUUGGAGGCAAAUGAAAUUCGUCACUCAAAAGAUGUACCGUUUAUUCUAGAUUAUAGCACCCUUUAGUUUCAUGACUCCUUUAUGACAGCUGUGAAGCACAUCAAGUUGCUCCAAAUAUAGAGGGCCAGAUUAAAACAUAUAUUCGGCCUGGUCUUUGUGAAAUCACUGAUGGGGAGAUUCUCAGUUUGGGGAAAAACGUAUUUCAGUCUUUGACUGGGAUAAACCUUUGUCUGGCUAAAAGUGUCAACUGUCUAUUUAGCACUUUAUCAAAAAUCCUCCCAUAAAGAUAAGAGAUGGAGAUGGGUUAAAAGGAGGCCGCCUAUGGGAAGGGAAGGACGGUUGACAGGGCUUGUCAUUUCUUGUAUACCACAAGCGUCACAUGAUUGGCUUAUAUAAUAUGAGGCUUUUGUGACACUGGAACAGGUGAUGGAAGUCACAAGUGUGUGUCUUUGGCAGACUAAACAUGGAGACAUUGUGCAAAACCAAAUGGUCCAGGAGAUUGAAACUGUGGAAUUGAGAUGUUUUCCUGCAUUCUGAAUAAAUA